UGUAUACAGAGGAAUUCCACAUAAAGGUUAUACAAAGGCCUAGACGAUUUCUCUCAAGGAUGGGUUUACACUGUAAUGAUAAAGAACAGCUAGUCACUGAAUCGAUCGCCGGAGAAAUUUACGAUCAGAACGCAGAUCAGAUGGUGAUCACAAACACCGAAAAUUCUUCGUCUAAUGAAGGACAAAGUGAUGAUCAUCUUAGCAUUGAUACUACUGAUAAAAACAGUGCAGAAGAAGAUGCAUACAAUGAAUGGAAAAUGAGACAUCCUUCAGCACUGAAUAAAUUUGAUAAAAUGAUGAGCAUUGCAAAGGAGAAAAAGUUAGUUGUUUUUCUAGAUUAUGAUGGAACUCUAUCACCAAUUGUAGAUGAUCCUGAUCGUGCAUUCAUGUCUGAUUCUAUGCGCUCAGCAGUAAGCAAAGUAGCACAAUAUUUCCCAACUUGCAUCGUCAGUGGUAGGCGACGAGAUAAGGUAUAUGAUUUUGUUAGAUUAAACGAGUUGUACUAUGUGGGAAGUCAUGGAAUGGAUAUAAUGGCACCUCUCAAAUGUUCAAAGAAUGCAAGUUCCUCUUUCCAUGAGAAAGCAAUUGAUGAAAACGGCAAUGAAGUGGUGGUUUUUCAACCUGCUCAAGAGUUUUUACCUAUAAUUGAAGAAAUAUUUGACGAAUUGGAGGAGCAGACAAAGGAAAUACCUGGGAUCAUGAUAGAGAAUAAUAAGUUUUGUGUAAGUGUACAUUUUCGGCGUGUCGAUGAAGAGUAUUGGGGUGUGCUUGAAGAACAAGUGGUGGAAAUUGCUAACAAAUACCCUUCAUUGCACUUAACAAGGGGCAGAAAGGUUAUUGAGAUCCGACCAUCAAUAAAAUGGGACAAAGGGCGCGCCUUAGAAUAUCUACUUGAUACAUUAGGGUUUGCAAAUGAUGGUGAUGCUAUUCCAGUGUAUAUUGGUGAUGAUAGAACAGACGAAGAUGCUUUUAAGGUAUUGAGAAACAGAGGGGAAGGAUAUCCAAUAAUAGUGUCUUCAAUUCCCAAAGAUACAAAGGCAUCAUACUCACUAAGAGAUCCAUCAGAAGUCAUGUCUUUUCUUUCGCUGUUAUUUAAAUGGAAAAGAAGUUCCUCAGUUGAUUGGGAAUAAUAAGGCUCUAAAUAGGACUAACUUAUUACUUUUAAAAAAGAGAAAAAGGAAAAGAAAUAAACAGAAGAAAGGAAGAAAAAAGCUAACCCAUUGUGAAAAUUAUAGAGUUAUAGCAAAGAUAAGGUGAAGUUGUGGUGUUGC